AUGGAUUUUUCAGAUAGGGCACCAUUAUCACUAGAUAGGGAUAGAGUAACCUGCUUGCUUUUGAUUAAUACUCACUUGAUAAAAAAAUGUUGUAAUAUAUAUAAUACCAUGCUAAAUAAUCAACAAUUGAUGCAACAAAUGACACCAGAAAAUAGGGCCAUGUUAUCAAAUGUAUACAAUAAUUAUAUUAGAAGACUCCAAUGCAACUUGGCUACUUUGAACUAUUUAUAUGAAAAAUACCAUUCGACACAGCAUCUGCCUGUGGCAGCCAAGGCAAGUUUCCCUAUGAUAUUGUCUGCCCCUCCAGAUAUGCCUGAAUUGAAUCAAUUAUAUUCAAAGCUUCAAGAGUUGUAUCCCGAGGCAGUGCAAUAUUUUAAAAUUAAAUUUGAAGAGAGUAGAAAGCAGCAGGCAUUUCCGGCACCACAGCAAAAUCAACCUCCGCCACAACAACAUUCACUUCAUCAACAACUCCCACCUCAACCGCAACCGCAAUCCCAACCUUCACUUCAACAACAGCAAGGACUUCAACUCCCUUCUAAUGUUCCGUCUCAACCUGUGCAACAACAAAGUUUCCGCCAACUAUCUACAGGUUCAGAAUCAGGUCCUCAAAUUAUACCUCAAAGAGCUCCACCACCACCACAGCAACAACAACCGCCGCCAAUACCACCACAGCAGCAACUCCAACAACAAUUUCAACAGCAGCUUCAACAACAACAGCUCCCGCAACAGCCUCAACAACUUCAACAACCUCAACAGCCUCAGCAAUCACAAUCUUUUGACGACUUGCUUUUAACAGAUGGGUUUAACCCAUCCAGUGACAGUCUUGGUGGAACAGGUCCUGGUGAUUUUAACCCUAACUACAAUAAUGGUUCGUUCCAGUUGUCUACACUUUCCCCUCAACAGAUAUUACAACAGGCCAAUGAGAAUACGCCUAUAUCUCAAGAUUUCUUAUUUUGA